AUGACCUGCAGGCCACCCCCACCCCCGGGCACACGUGGCACUGAGCAGGAGCAGGGGCGGGGGGGGCCCUUCCAGAAAAUGCCAGGGGGGGAAUCUCAGUUUUUAGCCAACUACCUCGCACUGGGCAGGGGGUUUUGGUGUUGCUGGGCAUUGCCAGACCCCAGACCCUCCAUCCUUCCUUCAGCCCUUGCCCUGGGCACCCCAAACCCUCUGUGCUUCAUCCUUCCUUCAUCCUUCCCCCCUGGGCACCCCAAACCUCCAACCUCCCUUCAUCCCUUGCUCUGGGCAUCCCAAACCCUUAGUGCUUCCUUCAUCUUUCCCUCAGGGCACCCCAAACCCUGCAAUCUCCCAUCAUCCCUUGCCCUGGGCACCCCAAACCCUCCAUCUCUUGCCCUGUGCACCCCAAACCCUCCACCCUUCCUUCAUCCCUUGCCCUGUGCACCCCAAACCCUCUGUGCUUCCUUCAUCCCUCUCCUCUGGACACCCCAAACCCUCCACCCCUUGCCCUGUGCACCCCAAACCAUCCUCCCUCCAUCCCCCCCCAGCACGCAGGGCACAGAGAGGGGGGUGUUGGGGGGCUGUUGGUGCAUUCCCAGCGCUCCCCCCUCGCUCCCCAAAAUCCCACCUGGAGGGAAAAGCCCCCGAGGUCCCCCCAGAGCUGCCCUAAAUCCCAAACUUCUCCCAACCGCGGAGGGGUCACCCCCCCAGCUCUGGGGGCUCCUCUCCCACUCCCCCCCCUCUCCCACAUGGGGUGGGGGGGCCCUGAGCUCCCAACCCUCCCUGCCCGGCUCCGUUUUGCCUCCAGACCUGGAAUUUGAAGGGAAAAAAGGGAGGGAUUCUCCCGUUUUCUCCCCAGGUGUCCGGCAGGGAGCGUUCCUGGAGCAUCCCGGUUUUACUUCCACGGGGGAAACUCGCACUUGUUUGCCACAGGCUUUUGCUUUUCCUUCUCUUUUCCUGGUUGUGUGUAAGCAAUAUGUUUUCAGGUUGAAACAGGGGUGGGGGUGGGGAAAAAAAAAAAGGGGGAUUUAAAACAACCUUAACAAAAAAAAAAAUAACCUGGGUAGAGCUCCAAAAUCAAGUUUUACUGUACAAAGUUCUGUGCUCUCAGCCCUGGCUGCACAGUAGCUUUAGAGUCCACUUUGUUUUUUCCUAAUAUUUUUAUUCUAAUUUAAUUGCUUUUAAACUUUCCGGGCCAAGCAACUGUUUGGAAACACCGUGCUUGUGUUAGUGCUUUCUGUUGGAGUUGGCCAGCUCUUCCUGUACAUAUGUUUUGGGUUUUGUUGUUUUUUUUUUUUUUU